UGUUCUUGGACCAUAUAAGAUGGAAAUGGCGUAUGGACACAUAAAAAUAAUGUUACAAGACCAGAUUCAUUUGCAACUUGAAAUAUGUGAUAAAACCCAUAUCGGAAUACCUGAGAUAAACGAAGGAGAUUUUGAAGGUGUUACUCUCCAAGAUUUAGGAUGUGCAAGAAGAGUUAUCACUCUAGAAGCUAUUACAACUUUAAUCCGUUCUGUGUUAAGAAAGUUAAAAGAAGGAGAAGACGAUCAAAGUUUUACAAAAUUUUCCAAGAUUUGUCGUUUGAUAGGAGCGUUUAGAAGUAUAAAAUACCCAAGUUCAUACAUAGAUACGGCUGUUAUUAACGAUAGAGGAUUUUGUGUUGUAAUAUGUGUAGACAUAAGUUUUAACAUAUACAGAAACAUUGGAAGCAUAAUUUGGGAAGCAAAUCCAGUAGACCCUGAAAAUUCUUUAUUACAGCCACUUUCUGAUCAGUUAAUAUUAUAA